CCGGUUGCUGCUUGUGCCAUGCCAGUCAUGAAGGGUUGGAACAUCCUGACAAAUUCUGAGAAGUCCAGGAAAGCAAGAGAAGGCGUCAUGGAGUUCUUGUUGGCUAACCAUCCAUUGGACUGUCCGAUUUGUGAUCAAGGAGGGGAAUGCGACCUUCAGGAUCAGUCAAUGAUGUUUGGCAGCGAUAGGAGCAGAUUUCUGGAGGGCAAACGUGCAGUUGAAGACAAGAACAUUGGUCCUCUUGUAAAAACCAUCAUGACCCGGUGUAUACAAUGUACUCGCUGCAUCAGAUUUGCAAGUGAAAUUGCGGGAGUUGAUGAUUUAGGAACCACAGGAAGAGGAAAUGAGAUGCAAGUUGGCACUUAUAUUGAAAAAAUGUUUAUGUCCGAAUUAUCAGGCAACGUCAUUGAUAUUUGUCCAGUGGGUGCCCUUACCUCCAAGCCUUAUGCUUUUACUGCUCGACCCUGGGAAACAAGGAAGACAGAAUCUAUUGAUGUUCUUGAUGCAGUAGGAAGUAAUAUUGUGGUAAGCACCCGAACUGGAGAAGUGAUGAGAAUUUUGCCAAGAUUACAUGAAGAUAUCAAUGAGGAAUGGAUCUCUGACAAAACAAGCUUCAGGGGAGUCAAGGUAACGAAGUAGCUGCAAUUGCAGGAGGAUUAGUGGAUGCAGAAGCCCUGGUAUCACUCAAAGACUUGCUGAAUAGAAUCAACUCUGAUAAUAUGUGUACGGAAGAGGUUUUCCCUACUGCGGGAGCUGGAACAGACCUGCGAUCUAAUUACUUACUUAAUACCAAGAUCGCAGGAAUAGAAGAGGCAGAUUUCCUACUUCUGGUUGGCACCAAUCCACGCUUUGAAGCACCACUAUUCAAUGCAAGAAUUAGAAAAAGCUGGCUACAUAAUGAGCUAAAAGUGGCUCUUGUGGGCAGCCCGGUUGAUUUGACCUACACUUAUGAGCAUCUAGGAGAUUCCCCACAGAUACUAUUAGAC